UUCGCCCGGGAGAGAAGCGAGGCAGCCGCGCCGGACGGGGCUUCGUCGUCGAGAGAAGGGUUCGGGGGAACCCGCCCGCGGGAAAAAAAGAGGACCCCUCCAAUCUUCCCGGAGCCAAUGGCUCCCCGCGGCUGGCCCUUGCCGCCGCUUUGCUCGCUCGCCUGCCUCCUGGUCGCCGCCGCCCUGGCAGCAGACUUGAGCCGUUCCACAGAACUCUCCUUUGCCAUCGAGCCCAGUGACCACAUAGCUGUGCAGGAGCAGCCGCUGGAGCUGUAUUGCCAGGUGGAAGGGAUCCAGCCCAUCAGCAUCACAUGGCGCAAGAACGGGGUGCUGGUGGUGGACAGAGAGGACUCCUUCACACUCGCCAACGGCUCGCUGUACUUCUCCCACUUCCAGAAACUGAAGGGCGAUGGGUCCUCGGACGAAGGCGAGUACGACUGCAUGGCUCGGAAUCGCUUUGGGAUGGUGGUGAGCCGCAAAGCCAGGAUUCAAGCAGCAACUAUGUCCGACUUCCACAUCCACCCCCAGAGUGCAGUGGUGGAAGAAGGCGGCGUGGCCAGGUUUCAGUGCCAGAUCCAUGGCUUGCCAGAGCCUGUGAUCAUGUGGCAGAAGAACCAUCUCCCCAUCAAUACAGAAAACGACAGGUACACGCUGUUGCCCAAGGGCGUUUUGCAGAUUACUGGACUGCGAGCUGAAGACACUGGGAUCUUCCACUGUGUUGCCACCAACAUUGCCAGUGUGAAGUUCAGCAGGGGAGCCAGGCUCACUGUGUCAGGUUCUCAUGCUCCCGUGUACAAGGAUCCCAUGAUUCUCGUGGGACCAGAGAACCUGACCUUAACUGUGCAUCAGACCGCCAUCCUGGAAUGCAUUGCAACUGGAAACCCCAGGCCUAUCGUCUCCUGGAGUCGACUUGAUGGCCGACCGAUUGGCGUUGAAGGAAUUCAGGUCCUUGGGACAGGAAACCUGAUGAUCUCUGACCUCACUGUGCAGCAUUCUGGGAUAUAUGUGUGCGCAGCCAAUAAGCCCGGCACGAGGGUGAGGCGGACAGCCCAAGGAAGGUUGGUGGUGCAAGCUCCUGCAGAAUUUGUGCAGCACCCGCAGUCUAUUUCCAGGCCCGUGGGGACCACUGCCAUCUUUACCUGCUUGGCACAGGGAGAACCUCCUCCGCAGAUAACGUGGCUGAAGAACGGGCAGAUUUUAGAACCUACGGACCACAUUAAGCUAAAGAAUAACAACAGCACGCUGACGAUCUACAGCAUCGGCCAAGCGGACGAGGCCAUAUACCAGUGCAUUGCGGAGAACAGUGCUGGCUCCACCCAAGCCAGUGCCAGGCUGACGGUGCUGUGGGCCGACGGGCUUCCUGGCCCGCCCCAGAAGGUGAGAGCCACGACCGUCUCUGCCACCACCAUCCAAGUGCUGUGGAGUGAGCCGCUGCAGAACACCAAGGAGAUCAUUGGCUACGUCCUACACAUCAGGAGAGCAGCAGACCCUGUGGAGAUGGAGUACCAGGAAGCUGUCAGCAAAAAUACAUUCCAGCAGCUUGUGACUGACUUGGAGCCCUCCAUGAGCUACAGCUUCUACAUAAAGGCUUAUACCUCUCGGGGGGCAAGCAAGGCCUCUGACGUCGUGGUGGUGAGCACGCUAGGAGAAGUGCCGGCCACGCCAUCUCUCUUCAUCAAAGUCCUCAACAGCACCACCAUCCAGGCCACGUGGGAACCCUCCAUCAAACUGGGCCAGCACGAAGGGUUCAAGCUCUACUACCGCAAAGUCCACCUUCCCCACUUUACCGGGCCCAUGUUUUUGGCCAGCAACAUCACAUCCUGCAACAUUAGUCAGCUUGACCCAUCAGUAGUCUACGAAGUAAAGCUCCUCGCCUACAACCAGCAUGGUGAUGGGAAUGCCACUGUUCGCUUUGUGUCCCUUCGAGAGACUGUCGAAAGGACAGGGCUGAACCCACCGUGCAACUGCAUGAAGGACGGGCAAACCAAUAAGACGUCGGCCACUGGGAUAAUCAUUGGAAUCCACAUUGGAGUCACCUGCAUCAUCUUCUGUGUCCUCUUCCUCAUGUUUGGGUACCGAGGAAGGCUGCUGGUGUGCAAAGAUGUCCAGGAGCAGCUGUCAACCCCACAGGUCCCAAGAAGCCAGAGGAAUGCUGCAGGCCUUACCUCAAACGGAUCUGCUCAGAGGGACAGGGACAACCCAGAUGCGAACGGGAAGCAGCUGGAUAUGAAUGAACUGGAAAGACUCUUCCCAGCUUCGCCUCCCCCGCCUGAUCAACACAACAAGGAGAUUGUGCUGGACCAUAUUCCUCCUACCUCACAUGACGAAACCCAGACGUCCAUGCUUCCACCGGAUGACUUCAGCAUCAUCGAAGAGGAGAGCGACACCCUCUUCCAGCCCCCACACUUGGGGGCCCCCAGCAGGCCCCUCCUCAAUGCCAGCCAAGAUGAGCCAGCUUUGAACCAAGCUCCAACCAAUGAAGGAUAA